AACACAACCCUUCUUGCAAAUCAAUAACAACAAAAAUUGAAUAUGAUUCCAACUAUAUUCUUCUUCUUCUUCAUUUUUGCUCUUCUUUCUGUUUCUCAUGCAUCAUUAGUAGUAGAUUUCUGCGUAGCAGAUUACACUGCACCAAACGGCCCAACCGGAUAUUCUUGCAAAUCACCAAAAGAUGUAACCGUGGACGACUUUGUCUACCACGGCCUAAACACAAGUGGAAAAACCACUAUUUUCAAUUCCUCUGCUGCCUUUGGAUUCGACACGCAAUUUCCGGGUUUGAAUGGACUAGGAAUUACGACCGGACGUUUAGAUUUUGGUGUAGGCGGAGUUAUUCCGCUUCACACACAUCCCCGUGCAUCAGAACUGAUUGUUGUUAUUAAAGGAACAAUCCUUGCUGGUUUUGUUUCAACUGACAAUGUUGCUUACAUUAAAACUCUUCACAAAUAUGAUGUUAUGGUUUUUCCACAAGGUUUGUUGCAUUUUCAAAUUAAUGUUGGUGAUUCAAAUGCACUUGCUUUUGUUAGCUUAGGUAGUGCUAAUCCCGGCAUACAAACAUUGGAUUCGGCUUUGUUUCAAAGCAACAUUUCGACUUCGAUAAUCACUGCAACUACUUUACUUGAUGCUGAUACCGUGGAAAAGCUUAAGGAUGUUUUUGGAGGGAGUGGUUUAAACUAUAUGUUGUUGUCCAUGAAAGUGUGAGGAAUAUGGAGCAUUAAUAUGAAGAUUUGUAACAUGUGAGAUGAAUAAAUGUAUCUGUGGUGAGGGAUUUGAGGAAUAUACUAGUAUGCUAGAGGUCAUGAGUUCGAUCCUCAGUUCUAUUGUAAAUUAAAAAAUAAUUUGCCAUUUAAAAACCAGUAUUUUACAUCAAAUAUCAAAUAAGGAUAUAAUAGAAUUGUGUGAUAAGUUAAAGGGCAAAAAAUUAUGCAAAAAAUUAUCAUGUAAUAAAAUGAUAUUUAAUAUGAAACAAUUUAUUUUCUCUUA